GCUGCCUUACAGGAAAGGUUAUUAAAACAGACAAAGAUCGGCACAGCUUGCAGACGCCACACAGCUCGUCUUCUUCACUUUGCUAAACUGGACGGAAGGACUGCAGGACUGCAGGACUAUGUCUUCUAAAAGGAAGAUUGUAGUUGUUAUCCUGGGAAGAGAUGAAGUCUUGAAGAAAGCCCUAAUAACCAACAUCCUGGGAAAAGAUUUAUCUAAACUAAAUAAAAGACAAGCUUUGAAAAAAAUUGAGAUUUAUGUAAAUGAUAUAUAUGAAGUCAUGUUUACACCAGACUUGUAUGCAGAAUUUAAGGACAUACAAGACUUGUUGUGUAUUAAUCGAUAUCCUGACAUGUGUUUGCUGGUGGUAGAACAUGGCUUUUCAGCAGACGAUGUUCGGAAGCAGAUAGAACAUCUGAGCAAUAAGACUGAAAAACCUACAGAAGAAUUUAUGGUUUUGCUUCCACUCAGCUAUAAACCCACAGAUUAUCCGUUCAUAUCCUGCACCAUGGAACAGGUUUUCUGUGAACUCGACAGACUUGCUGAAGGCAGAAAUCUGAUGCUAACCAAAACAAAUGAGGUCAGAGACCAGAGACGGGAGAGUGCGCAGACAGCUGGAAAGCCAGCGGAUGUGUGUGCCGAACCAGGAAAACAGCCUAUAAGUGAAAAAUCAAUCAAAACCAUUAAGCAACCACAGGAACAGAGUGUCAGGUCACGGCCCUUUGUACCUCUUCCACGUUUGUCAGAACCACGCACUGUGACAGGAAUGCCAGGAAUCAAUACAAUACAACACUUCAAUACAGGAAAGCGUACCAGCAACAAAGUGAACCUUGUUCUCCUGGGAAUGUCUGGCACUGGAAAGAGUGCCAGUGGGAACACCAUCCUUGGAAAGCCAGUCUUCUCCUCUAGACCCAGUUCACAGCCAGUCACCAGAGAGUGUGAGAUAGCAGAAACAGAGAUAAAUGGCAAACAUGUGCGUGUGAUAGAUACUCCAGACAUGUUUGAUGAUGACAUUGAAGAAUCAGUUAAGAACAAAUAUCUAAAACGGUGCAAAGAGCUCUGUGAGUUACACCCUUGUGUGUUUGUACUUGUGAUGCAUAUAAGCAGAUUUACAGAUGGUGAGAGAAACAUACUGAAAAAACUGGAAAAAGCUUUUGGGAGGAAUGUUAAAGAACAAACUGUCAUCCUGUUCACUAAAGGAGAUGAUUUGCAUCAUGCUGGAAAAACGCUGGCUGAUUUUCUGCAUAGUUGCCAACCUGAUCUGAAGGAAAUGAUUCAACAGUUGGGCAACAGGUGUGUUCUCUUUGAGAAUAACAGAUCAGGUUCAGCUCAGGUGGAAAAGCUGCUGGACACAGUGAUCAUGGUGUUAGAAAAACAGCAGAAAUGAUAAUGUCAUGUAUCGGAUCAAUUUCAGUGUAAAGAUAUAAAAAAUUAUAAAAACGGGGUUUAUUAUUUGUGUAUUAUGCAAGAGUCUACCUGAAAAUAUAAAGCGCCUUGAGGCAACUGAUGCUGUGAUUUGGAGCUGUAUAAAACUGAGUGGAACUAAAUCAAACUGAAAAAGGUUUGACCAUGACAUUAUUUGAUGUAUUAAACAAGUAGAUCUUAUAAAUCCCAUAAAUCUUAUAAUUUUCAUUUUUAAGGCUUUAUUUCACUUUUUUCCUACAAAUCAGCAAAUGAAAGAGUGAUGGAUUUAAAAAUUAUGUUGGGUUUUCUGUAAUUGUUGUUUGUGAAUCUUGGUCAGAUUAAUCAACCUCAUUUUGUAAAGUGUAACAGUAACAAAUUAUUGCUGAAUUCAAUAAAACGAAGUUAA